CGCACCGAAAGCUAUCACCCGUGCUCUCUCUCCGCGCGCACCCAUGGCGUCUCCUCCUCCUGGAGCCCACCUCGCGGCCUCCUCCUCGAGGGAGCCGCUCGCGCCGGCGCCCUUCCCCGCCGCGGCCGCCCACUUCGCCUCACGCACCGCCGGCCCGUUCCUCCGUCAGCAACCCCACCCCGGCGACUCCGACGGCGACAACGCCGUGGAGGAGGUCGACGACGACGAGGAGGACGACGACGGCGAUGAGGAGGCCGAGCUGCCCGACGGAGCGCCCUGCAGCUCGUCGCAGCAGCGGUGCGCCUCCACCCCAGGAAUCGGGCGGGCAGGGAUGAAUGGGGGAGAUGGAAUGAGGCAAAUCCAGGAGGAGCAUCAAUGGCAGCGCAGCCACAUCUACGCCUCGUCUAGAGAGGAUGAGCCCAGCACCAUCCCCAGGGAGAUGAGGGUGGAGAAUGGAUAUGGAGUUAUUGGGAGAAGAGAGGGAGGUCCUGCAUCCUGCUACUGGGACCUGCUCAGAGCACACCUCUCCGAUCCAUUGACAGGUGUUCUCAUGGAUGAUGCAAUGAUUCUAUCAUGUGGACACUCUUACGGAAGUAACGGAAUGCAGCAUAUCUACAGAAUGAAAGCUUGUGGCAAAUGUGGUCAACCUAUUACUGAGGACUCCAUUCGACCAAACUUGGCUCUCCGCCUUGCAGUUCAGGCAUUUAAACGCGAAGAAGAGUCAGCUAAAUCUCUAAAAAGAAGAAGAGAGCGCCUUGAACAGGUAUUAAACUUUUCUCAGUUGGUUUUGAUCCGCGCCCGCGAGGCGCCGCCCGCCAUGGAGAGGGAGCUGCUGGAGACGUUCGAGGCCGCCAAGAAGGCGGCCGACGCGGCGUCCGGGGCCGACGACUCGCCGGAGGCCGACCGCUGCCUCGGCGCGCUGCGGCUGCUGCGCGACAUCCGCGUCACCACCGAGAUCCUCGUCUCCACGCAGGUUGGCAAACGUCUUCGUUACCUUACUAAGCACCCUCACUCAGACAUACAAGCCAUGGCUACUGAUCUUCUGGGGCACUGGAAAAAGGUUGUUAUUGAAGAAGGAAAGAAAAAUGGUACAACAGAAAAUGAUAGAUCGACUAAAGCAGCCGCCAGAGCUGAGAAGCCUCAGCACAUGAAGGUUGAUAAGAAUUCCGCAUCAGGAAGUGUGAAGUCAGAGAAAAGAGAAGUGGAUGUUAGGGGCCAGAAACCUGAGAGCAUCAAGGUUGAGAAGGCUACCAAUAAUGAUUCCAAAAAUCAAUCAGUCAAGGUGGAGAGGGCUCCAAAGGAAGUUACUAGAACCCCUGAAACAAAGAAGCCAUCUUCUGUUUCAAAUGGGCCCCCAAAGCUGACAUCUCUUGUCAAAUGCAAUGAUGCCACUAGAGAUAAAAUCCGGGAACUACUUGCUGAUGCCUUCUCCAGGGUUUAUGGAGAGACUAGCAAAGAUGACAGAGAGGAAGUAAGAAACAUCUUAGAUGAAGUGGAUGCACGAGAUCCAUUCAGAGUUGCUGUGACAGUUGAAUCUGCUUUGUUUGAGAGACUGGGACGUUCCACUGGGGCUCACAAGGCCAAAUACAGGUCAAUAAUGUUCAAUCUUAGGGCUGAUAACAACACCGAUUUCCGAAGAAGGGUUCUCCUUGGCCAAGUGAGGCCUGAGAGGCUUGUUGACAUAUCUCCUGAUGAGAUGGCUAGUGACGCGAGGAAGCUUGAGAAUAAGCAGAUCAAGGAGAAGGCUUUGUUCGAUUGUGAGCGUGGAGGCCCCCCAAAGGCGACGACCGAUCAGUUCAAGUGUGGCAGGUGUGGCCAGCGGAAGACAACUUACUACCAGCUGCAGACUCGGAGUGCUGAUGAGCCGAUGACAACAUUCGUGACAUGUGUGAAUUGCAACAACCACUGGAAGUUCUGCUGAGCGCCAAACCGCUAAAAUGUUCUCCCAGCUAGCAAUGUCAUUUGAAUUUGACAGGCAGGUUGGCUUCAAUUUUCCAUAAACUAGGAGCCUGUUUCUUUUCUUCUCUUUUACCCUUCUUUUUAUUUCCUUCAGAACCUGAUUUAUUCAGAUUGUGCUAGUUGACAGUAACUAUUGACUAAAUUACCGUUACAUGUUGUACCUCUUUCUGAAAGUCUUGGAUGCAAUGUAGUUCUUGUGUAUGUACAAGGAGAUUGUGUGAUUGUUAUAUGGUAGCCAUAAAGAGUGAAAAUAAUUCAGGAAAAAAGCGACGUUGCUCA